AAAUAGUGUGCGAUAGUUAUAUUCGUUAAAUGAUAUUCGCCGUGUUAUUAUGGCGCACACUCUUUUAAGUCUUUUUCUUCAUCUUUAUGACCAACUAUCUUCAGUCUGAGUCUGAUGUUACGUGGCGACGGUAACGGAAUUUGAAAAAGACAGAAAACGCACACAAAAGAUCGGUCAGAAAAACUUUCAUCGAUUAAUUUAAGAAGGAAACAAAAAAAAAAAAAAACAAGAUCAAAAAUUCUUCACAAGAGAAAGUACCCAAAAACGUGGGUUCUCAAUUAAGUGCUAAUUUGAUAGUAAAUGAAGAUGAAGAUCUUUAAAUUGCAAAGUGAUAAGCUUCUUUAUUUUUGAGUGAGAAAAAAAAAUAAAAAAGAAAAAGUAACCAAUAAACAAUGGCUACUUUAACAAGUACACUCUUAAAACGACGUACAACAACAACAACAAAUGCAUCAGCUAAAAAGUAUAAUAAACUUAACCACGUAGAAAAUUCCUCGCUAACGUCAAGCUCGAUUGCUGCUGCAGCAGCUUUAGGAAAUGAAAGACUCCACCAACAGCGCAGCCGUAAAGGAGGCUCCUCCAAUGGCACUGGGGGUGGUCGUGGAUCAAGUGAGAAGCUUGAAAAAUUCUCAAUAGCCGCCGAUCGUUCGGCGUCCGUUUCGACAAACGCUUCAUAUCACGAAUCGUGUUGUAGUGAGAUUUUGGCCAAUUUUCAAAAUACCACCGAUACUGAAAAACUCUCACGAACAAGUGUUGCACGAUCGUUUGCGAGUGGCGGAAAUGGUGAUAAUGCCGCGUGUUCAUGUUGUUGCUGUACGGAGGCAGCAGAUUACUCUUUAAUGCUUAAUAAUUCACAGCAACGGAAAUAUGAGGAGCGUGCGAACUUUAUGAUCAGUUUGAAAUUUGAUUUGGUGGCGUUAUUGCUGUUUGUGGUGGCGUUUUGUACGCGUUUUUAUAAGCUUUCAACGCCAAAUAAUGUUGUUUUCGAUGAACUCCAUUAUGGCAAAUACAUAUCCCUGUAUAUAAGAAAUAUUUUCUUCUUCGAUCAACAUCCACCUCUCGGUAAACAACUGAUUGCAGCUGUUUCCAGCUUCGCUGGCUACGAUGGCAAUUAUACAUUUCCACGAAUCGGUUCUAUUUACACACAUAACGUACCUGUUUUUUGGCUACGAUUCCUGCCAGCACUAUGUGGAAGUCUUCUCUCACCGGUAGCCUAUAAGUUACUUUUGGAAAUUCCAGUCAAUCGAUGGACCGCUUUAUUAGGAGGUCUUUUGAUUAUUUUUGAUAAUUCCCUUCUGACGCAGUCUAGAUUCAUUUUAAUGGAAUCAAUGUUACUGCUCUUUGCCUCUUUGGGUCUUUUACAUCUUCUUCGUUUUCAAAAAAGCACAUUCGCCAGCCCACGAUGGAUUAUUUCUGGAUUAGCUUCGGCAUCAUUCUUUGCUUUCGCGUUGAGCGUGAAAUAUGUGGGUUUUUAUUCAGGAUGUUUGGCAUUCUAUUUAAUGUGUCGUUAUCUUUGGAAUAUGCUUUAUGAUUCAUCAGUUACAGAUUUUCAGAUAAUCCUUCAAGCAAUUAGUCGAAUUCUAAUAUUCACCAUUAUACCGAUUGGAAUUUACAUUAGUGUCUUCUACCUCCAUUUGAACACUCUUACCAAAGCUGGACCACACGACAAUGUCAUGACGAGUGCCUUUCAAGCGUCCCUGGAAGGUGGACUUGCAUCGAUUACAAAAGGACAACCUUUAAAAAUUGUUCAUGGUUCUCAAAUCACCCUCCGGCAUACUCACGGACGUGCUUGUUGGUUACAUUCACAUGCUGCUGUCUAUCCUGUGAAAUAUCCUGAUAAGCGAGGUUCUUCACAUCAACAACAAGUUACUUGUUAUAGCUUUAAGGAUGUCAACAAUUGGUGGAUUGUUAAAAGGCCAGAUAAAGAGGAAUUAGUUGUUGGAGAUGAAAUGGAUCCUAUCAAAGAUGGAGAUGUAAUUCAGUUGGUUCAUGGUAUAACCAGUCGGGGACUUAACAGUCAUGAUGUUGCUGCACCAAUGACUCCAUCGUGUCAGGAAAUUACAUGUUAUAUUGAUUAUGAGAUCAAUAUGGAAGGUCAACUUUUAUGGAGGGUGGAGAUAUUGAACAAGGAUACGGAAGGACCAAUUUGGCAUGCUAUCAAAUCUCAAAUCCGUCUUAUACAUGUGACAACUGGUGUAGCUAUGCGUUUCAGUGGCAAACAGCUUCCCGAUUGGGGAUUCAACCAGCAUGAAGUGGUAGGAGAUAGAAUUAUAAACAACAAAGAUGCCAUUUGGAAUGUUGAAGAGCAUCGGUAUACUAAAACACAAGAUCAACGUGAACGUGAAAGACAACUUCUCACCGCCGAAAUGAUUCCAACACAAAAAACAAAGCUUUCAUUUUGGGAUAAAUUCUUUGAAUUGCAAUCAAAAAUGCUUUUGAGUACAAAGAACGACAUUGACUCGCAUAUGUAUAGUUCUGAACCUCUAGAAUGGCCUCUUCUCGAUAAAGGGAUAGCUUAUUGGGUCGAUAAAAGAUCCAAUGGACAAAUACAUCUCUUAGGGAAUAUAUUAAUUUGGUACUCAGCAACGGGAGCAAUAUUUCUAUACUUUGGACUUUUAGCUUUCUAUUUGAUUCGAAGACAACGUUUAGAAUUUGAUCUCCCACCAACAGAAUGGCAGCGGUUCCUUGAUAUUGGUGAUAUAUUUGUUGGUGGAUAUCUAAUUCAUUAUUUGCCUUAUUUCUUUGUGGAUCGUACGUUAUUCUUGCAUAAUUACAUGCCAUCGCUUCUAUUCAAGAUGCUGCUACUUUGUUAUAUGUUUGAACAUGUGGACUACUUGCUAAGACAAUAUACGAAAAAUCGCUGGUUUGUACGCACAUAUCGAUUAGCAGUGAUAGCAUGGAUAUUUGGAGUAUUUCAUGUUUAUAGAAAAUUAUUACCAUUAACUUAUGGUAUUGAUAAAUUAACAUCAAAUGAAGUUAUACAAUUGAGAUGGAAAGAUACUUGGGAUUUAAUUAUUCAUAAAGAAUUAACUGGAAAAUAAUAAAUUAAAUUAAAAAAAUGAUUUUAAGUAGAAAAUAAUUAUCGAAAUUAUUGUUGUGUAUUUCUCACGGAGUAGUUAAAUAUAGAAGAAUUGAAAUUUUGUAACUAUAUUACAUAAUAAUAUACUCUUUGUGGUUCGUAUUUUGUUAAAAAUUAUUAAGGACAAGAAAAGCAAUCAAUAUAGAGUUUAGAAUAUUUCUUAA